UUUGAAGACCAGCUGGAAGAGAGUGGAAUAUGUAUGUAUCUAUGUGUAUGUGUGUUUACAGUGGAAAAAACGGGAAGAGUAGGUUGUGCUUGUGUGCUGAUGAAGAAGGCGGCAAUGAGCUUUUUGGUGCAAACACUGCGAGAUCAGUUACAUGAUACCACGUGCCGGUUGGGGGAGACGCAAACAGAGAACGAACGAUUGCGGUAUCUGUUUAUGAGUAAUGAUCCUAGAGGUUUGUCACAACUUCGGAAAAGCCUAACAGUUGCUGAACAAGAUGUUAUCAAGAAGCAGGCAGAGAUGGAAUCGUUACGGAAACAGCUUAUUACUCCAACAGAAGUUGAUAAUGAUGCAGCUAACUGUGUCAGGAGGAUUAUUGAACGCUUUGUUGCUUUAUUAAAAGUGCAAAUUGGUGCGUUAUCAAAAAUUCUUUAUUCAAAUCCUGAUGCGAAAGAGUUUUCAAAUUUACGGCAGACCACGGAUCGUAUUGUUCGCGCAGUUGCUGCUUUUGGCGAUGAAAAAACGACGCCAACUUCGACGAGUUCUGAAAAUAGAGAUCUGAAACGUUUGGAAGAUGUAAUUGAACAAGUAUCGGAUGCAUACAAACAGCUUGGUAACGCACUUAAUCUUCAGCGUCCGAAGAUGAGAGACCAGGAGACUACGAUGGGGAGAAGUGAUCUGGUAGGUAGUACCGUAUUUGAAAAUGAUAACCCCGACCUUGAGCAGGACAGGAUUACAGACUUACAAACAUGUCAUGCUGAAGAACUGGAAUCUUUAAAGCUUCAUUAUGAAAGACAGUUGAAAUCCUUACGUGAUCGUGUUGAAUACGAGGAGCAGAGAAGGCGGAAGGCCCAAGAUGAGCUUCAGACUUUGAAUGCUGUAAACGAACACUCUAUACAGGCUUUAAAGAAGGGUCAAGAGGAGUUAUUGUCAGAACAGCAAACUAGAUUUGAACAGGAAUUGAACUUCUUAAAGGAGGAACACGCUGCUGAACUGCAGGAAGAGAAGGAAGCAACACGAAUGGCAUUAGAUGCUGUGCAGCGGUCACAUGACAUGGAAGUCAAAAGUAUGGCUGAAAAAAUUAGGUCUCUGAGCGCUAACCUAGCUACUUGUCAAGCAUCUGCGAGUGAAUCCCGUUACGAGGCUCAAGCAGCUCGGCAAAAUAAGAUGCUGGAACAGAUGAGUGCAGAGCUUGCGCAGCUCUCAGCGCUCUAUUCUGCGAAAUGUGUUGAGAACUCACAGCUGGAUGAGAAAAUGUCAGUGCUGCUAGCUGAUAAAGAGAACCAGGCGUCUACAAGUGAUGCCGAAGCUCAGAAUAAACGGCUUUUACGAGAAUUAAAGCAGAAGGAAGCAACAAUUGAAGAACUUUAUCAGCAGUUACAUGAACUGGAAAAGAGGCUAGAGGAGUUCACGGGCGGGGAUAGCAAAGACAAAAUUGGAGGGCAAGGUCGCGAACAACGAAUAGCAAUCGGAACAUCUCUUCAAACCGCAUCGCUCAAGCUGUCCCCACGCAUGACGUCACCUUCACCCCGAAAGACGGCAUCGGCUGCAGUAAAUCAGCAGAACUCGCAUCUACGAAAAAUGCAGCAGUUAGUCAGUCCGAAGACGGGAUCGAGGCGUAAUAACUCGCGAUAUCAUACUAGCCCAACGGUUCCGCUAUCGGUGGAUGUUACCGAACAAAUGGCGGAUGAAAUAAAAAAGUCUUUAGCAGUACCGGUUAGGGAAAGAAGGAAAUUUUUUGAAACAAUAUCUGAAUACACCCAGUCACUUGGUUAA